AUGGCGGAACAGCUGAGCAAGAACUUUGAAACGCUCCAGCUACAUGCAGGUCAAGAACCCGAUCCUGCCACUAACUCGAGAGCCGUGCCUAUAUACGCAACAACGAGUUACACGUUCAAUGACUCGGCUCAUGGAGCGAGGCUUUUUGGCCUCAAGGAAGCAGGCAAUAUCUACAGUCGGAUUGGAAACCCCACUGUUGCCGUGUUCGAAAAUAGAAUAGCUGCCCUAGAAGGCGGAGCGGCCGCUCUCGCGACCUCGUCUGGUCAGGCCGCACAGUUUAUAGCAUUGACGGCUCUGGCGCACGCUGGCGACAACAUCGUCUCGACGACGAAUCUCUAUGGUGGCACCUACAAUCAGCUCAAGGUGCUUCUGCCGCGACUUGGCAUCAAGGUCAAGUUUGUCGAGGGCGACAAGGUAGAGGAGCUGGUUGCUGCUAUUGACGACAAGACAAAGGCCGUCUAUCUCGAGAGUAUUGGCAACCCGAGAUAUAACAUUCCCGACUUCAAGGCACUUGCAGAUGCUGUGCAUGAAAAGGGAGUUCCCUUGGUUGUCGACAAUACUUUUGGAGCUGGAGGCUACUUUGUCAGGCCGAUAGAACACGGUGCUGAUGUAGUUGUACACUCGGCAACCAAGUGGAUUGGGGGCCACGGCACUACCAUUGGUGGUGUGAUUGUUGAUGCCGGAAAGUUUGACUGGGGCAAGCAUGGAGCAAGAUUUCCUCAGAUGGUUGAGCCCUCGGAGGGUUACCACGGGCUCAAGUUCUGGGAAACUUUUGGCGCCCUCACCUUUAUCAUGCGCGCUCGUGUCGAGAUCAUGCGUGAUCUAGGCGCCUGUCUGAACCCCUUUGCAGCACAGCAGCUACUGCUCGGUAUCGAGACCUUGAGCUUGCGCGCCGAGAGGCACGCAGAGAAUGCCCUGAAGCUGGCAAAGUAUCUCGAGGAGAGCGAAUACGUCAGCUGGGUCUCAUACCCGGGACUUUCGUACCAUCCCAGCCACGCUCUGGCCAAGAAGUAUCUCAGGCGCGGCUACGGCGGUGUUCUGAGCUUUGGCGUCAAGGGAGGAGGUGCGGCCGGCAGUCAAGUAGUGGACGGAUUCAAGCUCAUUUCCAACCUGGCCAACGUCGGCGACUCCAAGACGCUGGCGGUCCACCCAUGGACCACGACCCACGAGCAGCUCUCGGACGAGGAGAAGAUCAGCUCCGGCACGACCGAGGAUCUGAUUCGGAUCUCGGUGGGAACGGAACAUAUUGACGAUAUAAUUGCUGAUUUUGAGCAGUCGUUCAAAGCUGCUUCCGCCACGACCAAGGAUGGUGCUGAAGGUGACGCCCCCAAUGCUAAGAAGGAUGAGGCGCCAGUUGUUGUUUAG